AUGGCGUCCCCUGCGGCGCAGAAACGCGUUAAUGUCGCGGUAUCCAGGCUCAUCCCACCUGUGCUGCUUGGCGCCGUGACCUACGCUUCAUAUGCAAUCACGAAACCAUUAUGCAUCGAUUACUUAAUUUAUCCAUUACCUUCCUAUACCCGAGGCCCACGAGUCGGCGCUGGCGCUGCGAUCCUCGCAAUCUACUACGUCCUUUUAAUCCCAAUGGUUGUCACAUAUCUACAUCUUUACUAUCAUGUCCUUUGGAAUCCUGGUUUUCUUCCACUGGGCGAACAAAAAUUACAGGAUGAGGAGAGUGCGCAGGAAUCGAAGCGUUCGCGCAGGAAGCGUCAUCGGAAGCACAGCACGCGCAAAGCCGAUCCCGAGAAGUCGAGCCAGUCAGAUGCGGACGUGGAAAGAGGCUCAAGUCCUUCUACUGGAGGUGUUAUGUCUCAAUCAGAUAUCGGACUGGAGGACUUCUACACAAAGGACGUUUUCGUCUGCCAGGAGGAUGGCCGGCCUCUCUGGUGCACUACCUGCUGUCAAUACAAAACAGACAGGGCACACCACUGCCGGGAGUUGGGCCGCUGUGUGCGCAAAAUGGAUCAUUUCUGUCCUUGGGUUGGAGGUGUGGUGUCCGAGACAUCCUUCAAAUUCUUCCUUCAAUUCGUGGUGUAUACUGCCGUCUAUUGUGGUUUUGUUCUGAUAGUGUCUGCCUAUUUCACGGCAGAAAUCAAACGCGACACUGGAGGAGUAAACGCAUAUUGGUGUGUUUGCAUUGGAUUGAGCGCCCUCUUCGCCUUUUUCACCGCCGGGAUGACCUUGAGCUCGAUACAAAUGGGCAUCUAUAAUAUAACAACGAUUGAGAACCUGAACCGACGGACAGUCGUUUGGACCCUCGCCGUCCGCGUCCCCGAACAUCUUCUCAGCCGACUCUGGGAUCCCAACUCCCCGUGGGCCCCAACAUUCCGCAUGGUCUCCUAUCCACCCGAAGCGUCUUCAUUACCAAACCAGCCUCAACCCACGACCCCAUCCACCGUCGAACGCCACGUCUUCGCCAUUCUCCACACUCUACCGGGCGAGAACCCCUUCGAUCUGGGCACUCCGUUCAAAAAUCUCCAGCAAAUCAUGGGACAUAAUAUUGCCGAUUGGUUCCUACCGAUCAAGCAGAGCCCGUGUACCGACCACAGUAGCAUGGAGAGCCAUUAUGUUCUCGGCCCCGUGGUCACCCGCUUGAAGCAAGAGGCUGGAUUGGCUCCCGUGCCCGAGAACGGGGCUGCUCAGACAACCCCACAAUCGGGGCGUAACUAG